GGUGUCACGUGACCCCAGGUCGGAAGAAGCCACGUGGGCGCCUUCCGGGUGAGUAUUUUGGAUACAGAAUGGUUGAGAAGAAACCUUCCCAAGGGCAACCAUGGCUGCUACUACUGAUAGUUGCUGUUACCUUCAUUCACUUAGUUGUGUGCCCAUUUACAAAAGUGGAGGAGAGCUUUAAUCUUCAAGCUAUACAUGACAUUUUGUAUGAGAAGCUGGAAUUAGAUAAGUAUGAUCAUCAUGAAUUUCCUGGAGUUGUCCCGAGGACAUUUGUUGGUCCAAUUUUUAUUGCUCUUCUUUCCAGUCCAGCCGUCUAUAUAUUGUCCCUUUUACAAAUGUCAAAAUUCUAUUCCCAGCUGAUAGUCCGAGGAACCCUAGGUUUGACAGUGAUUUAUGCCCUAUGGCGGCUACACAAAGAAGUGAGAAAGCAGUUUGGUUUUACGGUAUCCCUGAUUUUCUGCCUCAUAACAGCUACUCAAUUCCACCUGAUGUUUUACUGUACUCGCACCCUUCCCAACAUAUUUGCACUGCCUAUUGUUUUACUAGCAGUUACAUCUUGGAUGCAACAAAAGCACCGCCCGUUUAUUUGGUUCUCUGCUUUGGCAGUCGUUAUCUUCAGAGCAGAGCUUUGCAUAUUCCUGGGUCUUAUGCUGCUGAUCACUCUAUUGAAUAAAAAACUCUCCGUUGUGAAAAUGCUUUUCUAUACUGUCCCUGCAGGGGCUUUUUGCUUAGGUCUCACAGUGGCUUUGGAUUCUGUGUUUUGGAGGCAGCUCUUGUGGCCUGAAGGGAAAGUACUUUGGUAUAACAUUGUCUUAAAUAAAAGCUCCAACUGGGGAACCUCACCUUUCUUGUGGUAUUUUUACUCCGCCUUGCCUCGCGCUCUGGGUUGCAGUAUUGUAUUUCUACCACUAGGAGCAGUAGACCGAAGAUGUUGGGUAUUAAUUCUACCCUCACUUGGUUUUAUUUUCUUGUAUUCCUUUCUCCCACACAAAGAGCUGCGAUUUAUAAUAUACACAUUUCCAGUUUUGAAUAUAGUGGCUGCCAAAGGCUGCUCACGAAUUCUGAACAAUUACAAGAAAUCAUGGUUAUACAAAUUAGGCACUCUGUUUGUUAUAGCACACCUUUUUGCUAAUGCUACUUACUCAGGAGCAUCACUCUAUGUGUCCCACUUCAAUUACCCUGGAGGAGUUGCUAUGCAAAAACUACACCAGCUGGUACCUCCAACAGCAGAUGUUUCUGUCCACAUUGAUGGGGCUGCGGCACAGACUGGCGUGUCUCGGUUUUUAGAAGUCAAUUCGGAUUGGAAAUAUGACAAAAGGGAAGACAUCAAACCGGGAGACCCACUUAUGUUCUCAUAUACACAUGUACUUAUGGAGAUGAAUUCAGCUCAACUGUCACAUUACAAGACAACUCACAAAGUCCUUGCGCAUAUUCCUGGUACCAGUGGAAUUGGAUUGAAUUUUACUGCACUGCCCCCUAUUAUUUUAAAUUUGAAAUACAAACUAGUAUUGUUGGAAAAGCUCCCUGUUUCUCUUGGAAAAUAAAUUUUAACAAGUUUGAAAUAGUUUUUGGUAGAGUUGUGUUGCACUAAUUCAAAACCUUGACAUGUCAGUGAAAGAUCAAUGCUAUUCGAUCUUAUUCAUUUCACUUACGUGAAAAACUUUCAUAAUAGUAUACACUGCAUGUAAUGCCAGCUAUAUUUCAAUACAAAGUACAUACAUUCAAGACAUGUUUUCAUAUAAUUAGAGAAGAAAUAUACUAAAUAGUUGUUUUUAUGUAACACUACAUGUGUGUAGUUCAAUGUUUUUACAUUGUUUUCUACCAUGUGGGAAAAUAGCAUAAUGUGCUAUUUUGGGCCACAGUAAAAAAAGAAUUAUGUUGUCAAUAAGGGGAAAAAAAUCACACACACCUAAAGCUGAAUGUCAUUAGGAUCAACAAAAUCUGGAAAUUAAUGGAUGCGAUUUCUGUUUUUAUCUAUUGAGCGGUUUUGCUCAUACACAGUAUUUUCAUAGAAGACAAAACCCACCUUGUCAUCCUGAUAACAUUUCUUGACCAGGGUUCCUUUGUCAAUUAUCAGCCAUGGAAUAAACAGUUAUGGGAAAGUCAAGCUGGCCUUGAAAUGUUAAAGAGACAGCCAAGCAUAAAUCAAGAAAAAUAAUACUGGAUGUCAAAAUAUUCCAUUUGUUUUAAUUCCUUACAGGUUUUUAAGUGAUAACUUCCAAAUAUAGAGCUAAAUCAUUUAAAUCAGCUAUACCGACUGUUCUGUGGCCAGAUAAAGCAAUGGGUUAGAAAGUAUAAUUGUGGGAUGAUCCACAACUUGUAAUUAAAGAUAUGCAAGAAAAUAUCUCACAUAACUUUUAAAAUCAUUCAUUUUUAAUCAGUGUACCUUGGCAUAGAGUGCAAAUUGACAUAGAUGCAAGAAAUAUCAUCCUGUAAAACUGGUUUAACUACGCUGAUGUGUUCUCUUAUAUGCUAUUCUACAAGUUUCAUCCAUUUUGUUGUUCUUUUACAUCAAAGAAAAUGUCUUCCUUGAUGUACAACUUACCUAGUCACAGAAGUUAUUAUUCAGAAGGGAAGCAUUAAUUUCUCAUAAAAGCCUAUGUUCAAAAUCUGCAAAAGUUAUUGGGUAUCAUUAUCUUCUUUUGUGCAACAGGCCCUGCUAAUAGUCAGCUACUGGAA